UCACAACAUCCACCACCUGCGUGGCCUGCGCAGGAAGCAGCAAAGGAAUGGCCUCUCUCCGCCACCUCGCCGCCAGCCCCUCCUGCCACCAUCACCACGCCGCCUCCCUCCAGCUCCGUCGCCUGCCCUCCUGCCCCCGCCCCCUCCGCUCCCGCCUCUUCACCCGGAUUUAUGCUCUCUCCAGCAAUGACAUCAGGGUUGGCACCAACGUAGAGGUCGACGGCGCGCCAUGGAAAGUUCUAGAGUUUCUCCACGUCAAGCCCGGAAAAGGUGCUGCUUUUGUCAGGACAAAAAUGCGCAAUUAUGUCACUGGCAACACAGUUGAGAAAACCUUUCGGGCUGGAAGUACGCUACAGGAACCAUCCCUUUCCAAGGAAACCAAGCAAUUUACAUACAAGGAUGGCUCCCAGUUCGUGUUUAUGGAUCUGACAACAUUUGAAGAAAGUCGGUUAAACGAAGCAGAUGUCGGUGACAAGCAAAAAUGGCUGAAAGAGGGAAUGGACUGCAAUUUGUUGUACUGGAAUGGGAAGAUCAUUGAUUUUGAGCUGCCCAUCACCGUUAGAUUGACUGUGACUGAUACUGACCCCGGGGCAAGCGAUAGUGUACAAGGAGGAACAAAACCCGCAACCCUGGAAACUGGAGCUGUUGUCACGGUGCCCUCUUUUGUGAACGUAGGCGAUGAUAUACUAGUUGAUUCAAGAACCGGACAGUACAUGAACAGAGCAUAGAGGGUUGAAGAGGAUUUUGGAUUUGAAGAGAGCACUAGUUUUUUGUUCGACCAUUUUAACCCCAUUCACAUGUAUGAAUGCUUGCAUCUUUUGCCCCCAGGAUUUCCUUUGCAAGUGGAUCCUCGCUACGAGACAAACGGAAAAUUAUGUUCAAAACCUUCAGCUCAUAAUUUCAUAUCUCAAACUCUGAUUAUUACUGAUUAA